AUGGACCGAUCUGCGAUGCGGGAAACUGGCGAGAGCGUGAUGAGGGAAACACCGCGGCUAACGGGCGCGGAGGGCUCAAACCCUCAGACGCCCCGGAGCUUUAUUCGGGCCCAGGAGAUGUCAAUUACAGACAUGGAGUCCAAGCUGCUACCAAGGCCCCUCAAGGGGGGACGCCAUGGCUCGCUUCCCAUGUCCGCCAGGGAGCUCCUUGAGGACAACAAGCAGCUCAUUCUUGAAAAGAAGGAGCAGAAGGCAUUAGCAAGGAAGAACUCCAGAGAGUUGGUGCAGAAGCUGAUCGAAGAAGAUCGCGUCAAGAGCGAGGGCAUCAAGGCAACGGACCAGAGCAAAAGGUCCAUGCAGCGAGAACUGGCGCAGCAGUACAAAGCUGCGAUCGAAAAAAAGGAGGCUCAGAGGGCAGCAGUGAAAGCUGCCGCCGGCCAAGGGCAGCACAUCUCCUACUUCCCUUUCGUGGAGGGCGAGACAAUUGCCAAGGGCAGGGCAGCCAAGAGCGCCGUUCUGCGCGAAGAGAUGCAGGGUUUCCUGCGAGAGCAGCGAGAAAAGCAGCCGCCCCGCAACGACGCCCUGAUCAAGGACACGCGUGCAGACAACGUGCUCUUGUACUCGAUCCGACCGAACGCAACGGUACCUGUGUCGAGAAAGGAGAAGAUGGAUGUGGAAGUAGCUGAGACAGACAUGAAGCUGGUUGAUGAGAGUGGUGCGCACAUGGCGAGGCAUCCACUCUUUCUCACGAAGAGUCGCGACCACAUGUCCAGAAGGCUCUACGACGAGCAUGUUCGAAGAGCCCUUGAGGACAAGGUGGAGCAGACGAAGAUGGAGCUGGCGACAAUGGCGAAGAAGCGUCAGGACGAGAUCAACAUGCUCGAGGAUUCCAUGCUCGUUGCCGACGCCCUGCGUCAUGAUGGAACCACUGCGAAAGCAGACGCAAGAAGGAGGCAUGCCCUCUUCUUGAAGGAUCAGAUCGAAGAGCAACGCCAGCGACGGCGAGCAGAGAAAGAAAGCAAACGCAUCGAAGCAGCGGGAUACUGGGGCCCCGAGGAGAAGCCUACGCACACCGUGGAGACCCACCGCUCACACUGUCAAGACCUCAUCAAGCAAAUGGAAGUAGAUCAGAAUCGUCGCUUGAUCGACCGGAGCAUGCGCCUACGGCAAGAGCAACAGAUCGUCAACAAUUGUAUGGUGCAGAUGGAGCAGGAUCGGGAGCUGGAACGUCAGAAAGUGGCCCAGCACCGGGACGUGCUGGUGACAACUUGGCAGAGCCAAGUGCAACUUCGUGAG